GAGAGGGCUUGGAGAUCUUUAAACUGAAUGAGGAGGAAAGUAAAGAAGUAAAGAGGUGGAGAAAAAGAAACUGGGGCUUCUUAAAAGAAAGAAAGAGAGGGAGAAAAAGAAAGAGGAGAAGGAGGAGAAGAAAGAAGUGCUGGGAGUGGAGAUUCUCGAGAAAAAGGAGGAAAAGAAGGGAGAGAAAAAGAUGGCUUGGAGAUUCUCAAACUGAAUGAGGUGGAGGUGAAGAGGAAGGAUGAGAAGAAAAGGAGUAGAAGGAGGUGGAGGAAAAGAAACUGAGGCUUUUUACGGUUAAGAAAGACAGGGAGAAGAAGGAGGAGGAGGACGACAAGAAGGAGAAGGAGUAAGUGCUGGAACUGGAGAGUCCUGAGAAGAAGGAGGAGAAGAAGGGAGAGGAAGAGAUGGAGAUUCCAAACUGAAUGAGAAGGAGAAGAUGAAGAAGAAGGAUAAAGAGGGGGAGAAGAGGAGAAGGAGGACAUGAAGAAAAAGACACUGUGAUGUCUUAAGGUGAAGGAAGAGAAGGAAAAGAAGGAAAGGGAGAAGAAAGAGGAGAAGGAGGAGGAGAAGGAUGAAGAAAAGAAGAAAAUGAGAAGAAGGAGGUGAGGAAAAAGACACUGGGACUUAUUAAGGUGAAGGAAGAGGAGGAGAAGGAGAAGAAGGAAAGGGAGAAAAAAGAAGAGGAGAAGGAGAAGGAAGAGGAGAUGGAGGAGGAGGGAAGACCAGAUCAUCUUGAAGUGAAGGUAAAGGGGAAAGUGGUGCUUUGGAUUCAGCUGAUUCAAAUGAGCACAUUAGUUGCACAUACAUAAAAUAAAAUGCAUUUCAUCAGCACAAAAAAAUACCAUUAUUAUUGUUAAUAUUAUUAUUAUUUAUUAUUAUUAUUAUUAUUAUUAUUAUAAGGAGGAGGAGGGACUUGGGCUUUUUGAAGUGGAGGUAGAGGAGGGGCUGAAGAAGAAAUGAAAGGACUGAAGACCCUCGAAGUAGAGGAGGAGCAGAAGGAGAAGAAGGAGGAGGGACCAGGCUCCGCGUGCUUUAGUUGCGUUUGGGUCGUGCAGAGCGCAGGUGAGCCCAGUGGGCUGUGGGCUGCAGAGGAUGAAGGCGCGCGAGCUGGAAUCUGCGCUUUAACGAGAAUCCACGCGCCGAUGAGAGAGCUGUCAGUCCCUGGUCAAGAGAGGAAACGGCUUCAUAUGGAUUUACAGGACUCAUCACAGGCUCGCGAGGAUGCACAGAAAGACCCAACACCUGUGGAGCUUAGCGCGAGCCUUAUAGAUGCUGAUGGAAUAUUUGGAUUUACGAGCCACCUGCUGAAAAGGAAGCAGAAGGUUGUCGAAGGCUCGGCUGGUAAUGAGUCCCUGCAGUGCGGUGGGCUCAGUCCCAGGAAGAGGCUUCACUCGGCUGAGGAGUUGCAGAGGGGCCAGAGGCCAAACCCAGAGGGCAGCGGAGCCAGCCUGUGCCAGAGAUGCCAGCUGAUCACGGCCGAGCUGCACAAGCAGGCGCUGGAGCUGGCUGCGCCGGAAACAACAAAAGACCCAGGCUUUGCAGCCGUGCUUCUUGAUAAACUCCAGGCAGUGGAAUGGCCUCCACGGGGUCGUGGUGCUGAGAGCUGCUGUGAGGUGUGUGGAACUCCUCUGCACCAACUGAGGCGUCUGGCCCUGCACUCUGCUCUGGGGCUUGGGCUGAAUGACGUGCCUGACCUGCAGCCUGGACAGUUUUCUGGCCUCCUAGCCCCCUCUCCACAGCCAGGCAACACCCCUCCAGGUCUCACGGUGAGCCAGCAGCAGGAGUGA